AAAGGGCCUGUAGAAAGCGACUCCCUGGUCACCACCCAAACUUGGCUUUCCUCAUCUCAAUUUACGCAUCGUGCCAGGCCACCCUCUCAGAGACCCAAGAUCAGGGUCUGAUGACCUCUCACGGCGGCAGGACUCUAGGACCUGGGAGAGCCCUUUGGGAAAUUCAGGUCGGCUGGAUGCCAGCCCUGCUACUCUGGCUGUGGGUGAAUGGCCUGGCCGAUGUUGGUAGCAGAGAAAGGGGCACCAGGGCCAGGGAAGGGCAGCUCAGAUCUUCCAGUCCAGCCAAUACCACUCUAGUGGGCACCCGCCGGUCUCUUCCAAAGUCCGCCGCCCGCCGCGGUGGGGUGGGGGGGAAGAUCCUUCCGCAGUCGGGGUGUAGGGGAGAUCCCAACCCCGAGCGCCCAGCAGGUGGCUUGGGCCGCGAGGCGCGCCGGGGCGGGCCCGGCGCGGCGGGGGCGGGAGGAGGCCUGCGGUGGGGGCGGGGGGCGCGUGCAGGAAUGCGCGCCGCCCCCGCGCGGCCCCGCCCCGGGCAUCCCGCGCCGACCUGGCCUCGCUGCAGGGUGAGCAUCAUGGCCGCUUGGAGACAGCCCCAGGCCGGGGAGCUGCUGGCCGAGGCCCGUAGAGCGUUCCGGGAGGAGUUCGGGGCCGAGCCCGAGCUGGCGGUGUCGGCGCCGGGCCGCGUCAACCUGAUCGGGGAGCACACGGACUACAACCAGGGCCUGGUGCUGCCCAUGGCGCUGGAGCUUGUGACUGUGCUGGUGGGCAGCCCCCGGGCAGACGGCCUUGUCUCCCUCCUGACCACCUCCGAAGAUGCUGACGAGCCCCGGCGGCUCCAAUUUCCACUGCCCACAGCCCAGCGGUCGUUGGAGCCCGGGACCCCCCGCUGGGCCAACUAUGUCAAGGGAGUGAUUCAGCACUACCCAGCUGCUCCCCUCCCUGGCUUCAGUGCAGUGGUGGUCAGCUCAGUGCCCCUGGGGGGCGGGCUGUCCAGCUCGGCGUCCCUGGAGGUGGCCACAUACACUUUCCUGCAGCAGCUCUGCCCAGACUCCGGGUCCAUAGCUGCCCGGGCUCAGGUGUGUCAGCGGGCCGAACACAGCUUCGCAGGGGUGCCCUGUGGCAUCAUGGACCAGCUCAUCGCACUGCUGGGGCAGAAAGGCCACGCGCUGCUCAUUGACUGCAGGUCCCUGGAGACGAGCCUGGUGCCGCUGUCAGAACCCAAGCUGGCCGUGCUCAUCACCAAUUCCAACGUCCGCCACUCGCUGGGCUCCAGCGAGUACCCUCUGCGGCGGCGCCAGUGUGAAGAAGUGGCCCGGGCGCUGGGCAAGGAGAGCCUUCGAGAGGUGCAGCUGGAGGAACUGGAGGCUGGCAGAGAGCUGGUGAGCAAGGAGGGUUUCCGGCGGGCACGACAUGUCGUGGGCGAGAUCCGGCGCACGGCCCAGGCCGCGGCUGCCCUGAGCCGCGGAGACUACAGAGCCUUUGGCCGCCUCAUGGUAGAGAGUCACCACUCGCUCAGGGAUGACUAUGAGGUGAGCUGCCCCGAGCUCGACCAGCUCGUGGAGGCCGCGCUGUCAGCACCUGGGGUUUACGGCAGCCGCAUGACUGGUGGUGGCUUCGGUGGCUGCACCGUGACCCUGCUGGAGGCUGCCUCCGUUCCCCAGGCCAUGCAGCACAUACAGAUCAGAAAACUGAGGCACAGAGAGGGCGAGCAGUUCAUCUGAUGUCCCACAGCAGAGCCAAAGCUAAAACUGAGAACCAGGGAGUCCAGCCAAGGACCCUUUGUACCACACUGCAGGGAAUCAGGAGGGAAGAGGAGCACUGGACCAGUGGACGGGACAGGGGACACUGCCUCCCUGACCCUGGGCAGGUGGCUGCUCUGAGCUUCUGGGUCAUGCCUGCCUCCUCCCACCUUGUCCCUGGGAGGUGGCCUGAAUGUCCUGACUCCAAGGCACAGCUGGUGAGCCUUCCAGAAGCAAGGCUGUGUUUCCACACUGGUCCCAUGUGCAUGAGCCUACAUGACUCUGUGUGCAUCUGCUCCCAAGCAAGUCUCUGCCUGUGCUUAUACACAGAUGUGCACACGACUGCAUGUGGGCCACGUUGGCUUUGUCCCCUCUGUACCCAGUGCCAGUAUGAUGCCUGCCAGAUGGUCGGCUCUGCAGAUAUCCACCUGGAGCUGAGAGGGACUUCUGGUCUUGACCUCUAGGCCCAGCGGUCAUCGGCCCCUUUGCUUUCUCUGGACACCAGUGACAGCCCCACCUCCUACCCAGGACUUGCUCUCAUGGAUCCCAGGCCCACUCACCGGUGUCGUCGGAGACGCUAGGCCUCUGGCUGCCAGCCGGGGAGCGCAGUACUUCGUCGCUGUACAUGAGGAAGCUCUCGUAGUCCUCCCCGCACUGGGCGUCCACGAUGGGGAUGUCCGGGAUGAUGGGGACUGCAGGGGUGGGAGAGGUGAGCCAGGGACCCAGCCCCCUGUCCUCCCCUCUCCACCCUGUGCCCUGCCCCACCCCCACCCCCCACUCACUGGACAUGGGCCGCUUGGGCUGGGUGGCCAGGUUGAUGAUGGCCUCCCGCUCGGGCCCCCAGCCUGCCCCGUUGCGCGCCUUCACUGUGUAGCGGUAUGGCUGGGACUCCCGCAGGUUCUCAAUGAGCAGCAUCCGCCUCUUAGGAGUGUCCACCAACACCUUCUUCAUGGGCCCGAUGGGUCCUGGGGCAGGGAGAGUGCCUCAGAGGGGUCCUUCUACGUUCCUGCCUGGCCCAGCCCCGCCUCUGCUGUAACAGCACCGCUGCGUGGUCUCUGAAUUGCACGGAGAGGGCGCAGGGGACAAGGCAGAGAGCAAGCAGCUAUUGGAACUCCUGUGUCGUGCUGCGCCCUGAGAACCUGGGUGUGCCUCAUUUAAAGAAGGGUCACCAACUCUCCGAAGGGCUCAUCCUUAAGUGGCAAAGCCAGGACUAGACUCAAGGUGGCCCCACUGUGACCUCUACGGAUUGGUAAACGGUCCUGUGUCCAGAGCGCCUCCACCUGAGGCACACUCCGACAGUGAGGGUGCCUCUGUCUCCUUGUCCACACGACCAGACCCCAAGUGCUCUGUUGAGGAAGUGAAAGUGGAGAUAUCCAGACACCCACCCCAGCUGCCCUGUGGUCACUGGAGCAAGGACUGGAAUAGAGGGGUGGGCUCAGGGAAGCUGCACCUCCGGGCAGGCUGAGGCUUCGGAGAGCUAAGGGGUGGGGAGAAGGGUGGAGAAGAGGGCCGGCAGUGACACGUGAGCAGAGAGCAGAGGCCAGGCAGCUCUCCUCCACUCACACCUAGAAGGGCAGACACGCAGCCCUGGGAGAAAGGAGAAAGUGACCCUCGUUGCUCUGAGCAAGUGACAGCACCUGGGCCCAGACACAGCAAGAAGUGCCCUGCCAUGCUAGAAGGCUUCUGGGAAACCAGAGAAGGCCCAGAAGGAUGGAGGCCAGGAAAGGUCCCAGUUUCCAAAGAGGUCCAAAGGAGGGUUCUGGAAAGUGCUACCUGAUAAGCUUGAUGUCUACCCCCAGCCAACCACUGUGCUUAAAAAGACUUGACUGGUGGAGGCCCGUCAGCCUGGGGGAGGUCUCUAGCUGCCAAGGUGGGCACUGUUCUCCGCCCACCCCUCACAUCUCUUUCAGCUAGUGGGAACAGGGGAGAGGGACGCCCACCAAAGUGCUGACGCCCUCAGCCAGGAGGGCCAUCCAGCACAUUCCAGGACACAGCUGAGACCUCAGCAGACUGAAGCCAUGCCCGAAAUCAUCAGGGAUGAACUUUGGACAGGGUACGUAUCAUUCCUGGGAUGAAAGGCGGGAUCAGAGGAGACUUCCUAACAGUGGUCCAUGGGCAGACUAGGUGUUAUAAACCUGGAACAGGCCAAAGGUGUGAUGUAGCUGUUGAGGUUGCAUGUGGUCUGCUUGGCUGGUAAAGAGCCACGAGCCUGAUGUCUAGAAUAAUCUUGGGGCCCUCUGCCCUUUUGGGCCAUCCCCGAAGCUCUGCGCCUGACCCACGUUAAGGUCCACGGGUCAUGUGGGGUGGUGAGCUCUGCAACCCUGGGACGGAACAAGCAGCAGUGAGGGCACAAGGAGGAGGUCCCUGCACCAGGCGGCAGGUGGAACUGAUUUCCCUCACUUCCUCAUCUUGGCCAUUGGCAAGGGGUGCCCACCCUUCCUUCCAGGACUGGAAAGAAAUAACAGUGUUGCCACGCACUCCGGCCUUGGGCUGUUAUUUGAGAUGUACUUAAAAAAAAAAAAAAAUGGUUUCUCUGAAAUUCAGGGCAUCCUCUAUUUGCUAAUCCUACCAACUCUACUUUGGCCCUACAAGAACCGCGUGAGAGUGAGCCGUGCGGGUUUGCUGUAUGGGAAGCCUUCUCAUGCCUUCUAUCCCCACCUGCCCUGUGAGCUUCUGGGCUUGGUCUCGGGAUGCAACCAGCCCCCACCUGACCACAAACCUGAUGAUGCCUCGGGCAACCAGACCUAUGGGACACAUCCACCAACCGGGACGAUGUGACCUUCCUCCUGCGCCUUGCUCCCUCCCCUUCCUGCUGUCCUAGGGGCAGGAGGGGCCCACGUCCUUACGGUUGUCCUCGUUGACCAAGCCGUAGCAGACCUCGUAGGCCGUGAUC